GCGAGACUUGAUUUUAUUUAUAUUCCGAAUGGCUCGAAUUUUUGCAUUGACUAAAGCUUCAAUAAUUUACCUCUUUUUCAAAGCCCACAGUGAUUAAUUCGAUUUAAUAAAUAAACGGGUACACGUUUCCUAAUAUGUUGCGCUUAUGUUUAUCUUUAUGGCACGAAGGGAUAUCGGUUUGUUUGGACAUUUAGCAUGAGGUAGCUACUAGCAUCUGCAGCUAACGACAUCCCCAGCAUCCCCCCAAAACUCUCUCAAGUUAAUUAUUUCGACUCUUCAACGCACAAGGAUAUAUUUUUACAAGCACUUCAAGGAGUAAACACUGGAAAUAAUGCUGGCCACGGGAGCUGCUGUGAGUAAUGUGACAGCUCUGGCGCAGGUGGACAGGGAGAAGAUUUACCAGUGGAUCAAUGAGCUGUCGAGUCCCGAGACCAGAGAGAACGCUUUACUGGAGCUGAGCAAGAAACGGGAGUCUGUGCCCGACCUGGCCCCUAUGCUUUGGCACUCCUGCGGCACCAUCGCUGCCCUCCUACAGGAAAUAGUGAACAUCUACCCCUCCAUAAACCCCCCCACACUCACAGCGCACCAGUCCAACCGAGUCUGCAACGCCCUGGCUCUUCUACAAUGUGUCGCCUCGCAUCCAGAAACGAGGUCUGCGUUCCUGGCGGCCCACAUCCCUCUGUUCUUGUACCCGUUUCUUCACACUGUGAGCAAAACACGGCCCUUCGAGUAUCUGCGCCUUACCAGUCUUGGAGUCAUAGGAGCUUUGGUCAAAACAGACGAACAGGAAGUGAUCAACUUUCUCCUCACGACGGAAAUCAUCCCUCUGUGUCUGCGCAUCAUGGAGUCAGGCAGCGAGCUCUCGAAAACGGUCGCCACGUUCAUCCUGCAGAAGAUCUUGCUGGACGACACUGGGCUGGCUUACAUCUGUCAGACGUACGAGCGAUUCUCUCACGUCGCCAUGAUCCUGGGUAAAAUGGUUCUGCAGUUGUCCAAAGAACCGUCUGCUCGGCUCCUGAAGCACGUGGUCCGCUGUUACCUCAGACUCUCCGAUAAUCUCAGAGCGAGAGAAGCCCUGCGCCAGUGCCUCCCCGACCAGCUCAAAGACUCCACGUUCGCGCAAGUUUUAAAAGACGACACCACCACGAAGAGAUGGCUCGCUCAGCUCGUCAAAAACCUGCAAGAGGGACAGGUCACCGACGCCAGAGGAAUCCCACUCGCCCCGCAGUGACCCCUCCCGCCCAAUCCGACACACACACACACACCGACAGACACACACACACAGACACACACAGACUGUAUAAAGACCGAGUGAGUGUGACGUCACCCACAGCGUUCGGCUCCGGUCAAACGAAGCUCAUCGAGGCCAGAGCAGUUAUAGCGGCGAAUCUGGAGCCGAGUUCCGUAUUUUGGAAUUCCGACCACGAGUAUCAUAGCAACCAAAGAGCCAAUCCUGAGCGAGGCUGUUGAAGGUAACGCCCCUCCCCCCCCCCCCCUCACCGCUGGUGUAACAGGGAACAGGCGCUUAGCAACGCUGUCAAUCAAACCUGUCAGCGACGCUAGCGGCAGCGAGGAGCCGCCUGAUUUGUUCGUACCGUUCAUAUCUUGAUUUACGGACAAAAUAGCGAAAUAAAAACCCCAGGAUCAAGUAGAGCGGGUUAAUAUAUAUUUUAAAAACAAAAUUAAGGGGAGAGAAGGGCUUUUUUUUGUCUUUUUUUUUUUUGCAUUUUUUUUGCAGUUUUUCAGUAGAAAGUGAAUUGGAGCCUGAAACGCGUCAGUGCUCACUUCCUGUUUGGAACGCUGCGGCUAACAGAUUAGCUGUGUCUAUUUAUAUACAAUCUAUGGUACACACACACACACACGCACACACACACCCCCACACACACCCCCACACACACAAACACACACACCCCCACACACCCCUACACACCCCUACACACACACACACACACACACACACACACUGCACUGUUAAAAAAAAAAACGCUCUACUACAUGAGUUUAAAGCCUCGGGUUCAAAAUGAAAUGAUCUGAGUAGUUUUUAACUUUUCCGAUAAAGUUGACGCUUUCCCAAAAUAUUCCGCAGUGUGACAUUAAAUGUAUCUAUCUCCACGGAGACAAACACGUGGCGUUUACAGAUCAGAUCCACCAACGGUAAGCGUGCGUUUUUUUUUUUUUUCUUCGAGAUUUUUCUGAGCAAUAGAAAGUCACGCAAGUGAAUAAACGCGCGAUGGUUAAGUUUAAUGCCAUAUUGUGGAACAUUCCAGGCAAAACAGUACGUCUAGAGACCAGCAGGUGGCAGCCCCGAUACCAGGAAAGUUUUGUGAGUUGAAUUGGGUGUACGUGCAGUUUUGUUACUUUACUUGGCACUUCGUUUUGCCAGUAUUUUAAAAAAGAAAGUCAGAAAUACUAUUGAAAGAUUGUAAAUACUAUAUAAAUACUACAAAUCCUCUACUACUACUACUACUACUACUUCAAAUUAAAGUUCAUCAUUUCAUUUUAAACCCAACGUAUGAUUUGUGUUUGGCAGUGGUCACAAUUCAAAUCGGUGGCUGGACGUUUACCUUUGUGGCGAAUGCAAACUCGUGUGUUUUUUUUGUAUUUUCCUGAACGUGUCCAAACCACAGACCAGGGUCACGUCUCGGCAAAAGUGGAUUUGCAACAACAAAAACCCGGAGAAGCUUUUGGGACAGAGUUUGGUUAUUUUUGUACUGAAGCGUCCGUAUCAGCAGGCUGGACGCUCGCUGAUGUAUCAAUGAAUUUAAAUAAAACUCUUUUUUUUU